AUGGCUGACAAUUACGAAUAUAGUGAAGAAAGCCUGAAUAAAUUUUCGUAUAGAUUUCUACAGCAGCUGGCGAAGUCUCUGGGUCUUCCAUCUAAUGUAAAAAAGAUGUAUUUAGUUCAAAUGAUCUUUGCCAAGAAAAACUGCUGUGAAGCCGAUGUCCAGGAUAUAGUACAACGAGUCAAAUUAGAGAGACAGCAGCUGUCGCAGAGCAAGAAAAAAAGAAACCAAAAGAAAGUAAAGUUGCAGGCAACAGAAAUAUCAUCCACCAAUACGAGUCAAUCUCCACCAAUAAGCAAUACUCCAAAACGCCAAAGCUUUAGUGAAUCCAACCCUCAGUUAUGUCAAACGCUUGUCCGAUGCCAAGCUAAUCAACCCUUACUCAGCUCCCAAAACUGUAGUGACCGAGUACUACGCAGCUUCAACUUGAAGUCCUAUAAAAAACCAAAUUACUCCGUUAUGAAUAAUUCUAUAAUUGGAGUUAUAAAAACUCAAAGUCCGAAAGCACAUAUAAGUAUAAUACGGUGUGAAAAUGGAUUCCCCAAGUUGAAUGUGACAACAUCUUGUAUUGUGAAGAAAUGCAGGCCAAGUAUAUUGAACAGUGUGUCUUGUUUGAGGAAUGACGGUCAAUUUUUGUCUAGUUCGAACACUAUUCCACAAACAAAGAAACGCCACCGCCGCAUCACCUCAUUGCUCCCAAUCGAAGCACCAGAAACUAACACAAUGAAUUACCCGAGCCUACAACGAAUAGGAUUUCGGCAUACAGAUGGAAAAAUAUCAAAAAUAAACGCCAUAGUUCACAAACCACCAAAAACUUAUGAACGAUUGAAUUCAAGCAGCACUAUAAGUCAAAAUAGUUAUCGGAACGUCGAAGUUACAAUUCAGGAUAUUAUAAAUAGCAACAUAGACGCACAAACAUUCACAAAUCCAAAUGUCUCGGAGUAUAUUAUGUCUGGAACGAACAUUGCCAAUAUGUCGUAUGCAACACAAAACGAUGCUUUAAACACUGUGGAGUUUGGGCAAAAUAAUGAAGUUAGGGAAGACGGUGAUUUCUCUGUUUAUUAUCAUAAGAAGAUAAGGGCUGAACAGGUGCGAACCCAAAGACUAAGCAUCGCACGCGACGUACCUCGCAACCAAGCCAACGAGCAGCGUCUGCCGAAGAUCAACGACGUGUUCAGCAACUUCAAUGACGUCAGUCGUGACGUCACUAGGCCGCUCUACGUGCAAGUCUCUGAUGCUGACAGAGUCAGUAUCCCACUGCAGUCCCAAAACCCACCAGCAUUGGAAAGACUUUACAACAUACGGACGUUACCUCAUCAGGAGAAACCGCUGCUGCAAGUAGCUACUUCUGACAACACAACGUGCGUCUUCAGCACGAUGUUAAUAUCCUCUGUAAUGGCUCCGUCGACCAGCUCACCGCCUGCCGAGUUUCAACCUGCUUCGCAUGAGCCCGAACAAUACGAAUAUUUGAAUACAACCGACGACGUUUCGCGCAUGAGCGACUUCUUCAACCUAGCCGAGCAGGAUAUCACGCUACGAAAAUAUCAUAAAGCGUUUAGCACGUCGUUGUCAUCGGAAGAGACGCAGAGCCAUGUAAUGGAUACGACAGCUAGCAUUCCGGAAAUGGUAGAAGACGCCCUUGAGAUCAUCAGUCAAGAUGGGGACUACAUGGAGCGAAUUGGCAUGGAUAUAAGAAUGCAGUGUAUCCUGUGCGAUUGGGCUGGACCCAAGAUCAUCCUCGAGUACCACAUUAGGAAGGAACACGCAGAAAAGUUGGUGCAUCAAGACAAAAAUGAAUGGAACAUAACGUACAAGCUCGGCAGCGUGGUCAACCAACAGCUGUGGCUGUCCCACGUCAGCGAAUUUGAAACCUAUUUGUACACGGUCAGUGUCAAAUUUGAGGACCCUGAUUGCUUCAUGGCUUCUUUGUCGGUACUGUCAUCACAACCGGAACUUAUACGAAAUGGCUCAAUAACAAUCUAUAACAAAAUAACAGGUGAGCCGUAUACCUGGUCGGGCGAAAUACAAGAAAUACCCACAAAUAUGCCAUACGAAAAUACCCCACAAUUAAAACUAGAGUUGUCCAAGUUGGAACUAGUGCCAAACAGUGCGAGGUUGAAAUUGGUGGGGCGAACCCUAGUGCCUGUGUCGCCCGGUAAAGCUGUAGUCGGACAACCACAAUUGGAUGAUAUUCAUAUUAUUAUUUUUGUUCAUAUUUUCUAGUAUCCUAAUAGUUUUUUUAAUCCCAAACUGAUGCAAUGACUACAGGAAAGAUACUUAAUGUCCGUGUACCCCGCUGAAGUUAACCGACCACAAUUACUUGAUGUUAAGAUUGUUAUUCAUAUUUUCUAGUGCUUCGCUAGUGAUUUUUUAUGCCACAUGUCGCCUUUAAAACUUUUAUUAGUACCAAAUACUCGACAAAUGUGUAGUCUGGCGACAUAGGUACACCCAUGACCAGUGUUCGACAUUUGGAUGUAAUAUAAUCAUUUUUUGUUCACAUAUUCUAGUGGUUUUUAACAUUAUCAUUUAUAAUUUACACGACAAUUAUCAUUGAUAAAUAUACCUUUAUUAUCUUCGAUUUUAAAAAUUCAUUGUAACAAUAACAUACUAGAGCUCGCAUUGUCGCCCCACGUGUUUGUAUCAGAGAUGCAACCAAAUGUCAAUCUCAAAAAAGUCACUAGCUAAAUCCUUUUUCCGAAGAUUUUUCUGUGUUUAUUUAGUUUUCUCACUGUUUGUCAUUGCAUGGAUAAUUAUGGGAUAUAUAUAAAUGAUAAUUAUCAGACAAUUUAUUGAAGAAAAUAUAUAUCGUGAUAAUUUUGAACACUGGUUUUUGGUGCUAGAAUAAUAUUCGUAGGAAUAACACCAAUUAAUCAUGUAAGCUGUGCGAUAAGUGUGCAUUGUUUAAGUUUACAACUUGUGCCUAAUUAGGACUAAUGAUCAAAAGUGUCAUUUUUGUAAGGGACCGAUAGUGAUAAUUAGUGUCCUAUUCAAACUUGUAAGACUGAUUCUAGUGCCAUUGACAUUUUGUCAAUCUCUACAUUUAUGUAGGCUACUAUUAUACGUACAAAUUGUUUAAUAUUAAACUUUUACCUCAUUAGUGUUAUGUAAUCGAACAGCACAAAUAGUGUUAAGUUUUAUUACUUCAUCAAAAAGUUAGCAUGGUUAAGUAAAGAAAAAUGACAAAUCGUCAGAAAAAAUACUGAAAUAUUAUAUCGCAAUCGUGAUUAGCUUAAUAUACAUAUAUCCAAACAAACAUAUUUGUUUUUGGAAGAUAGCUCCAUGUAUUGGACCUUAUGUGCUGGUCACCAAACUGACAACUUGCAAAGUUAUAACUUUAGUACCAAUGUUAUAAUGUUAGUACUAGAGAUGUGCGCCAAUCGUAAAAUCGUCGGCCGACGUGUCUGAUGGUUUUUAGACCGGCGGCGCGUAUGGCGUGAAUGUGCGACAUACAUUUUUCGUGUGUUAAACAACACUAAGACAUCGUAUAAAUAAACCUUCAUUACCAUUUUUUUUUACAUUUGAAAGUUAGCAGAUAAUGUACUGUGGAGUUUGACAGUCCAACAACACCAGAAUUCAUGCGCCAUCCAAUGGGACCGGGUGCCUCUCCAUUUUAAUCUACUAGGAACUUUAAUAGGAAUUAUUAUUUUGAAAUAUGGUGAAUAAUUAACAAAGAAGCUGAUAUUUUAAUAACAUAAAAUGAAUGUUCGCUACGCCUAUUUUACGCCGGUCAAAUUCAUCGGCAGCUUGGCGCAGAUCUCUAGUCAAUACCAAUGUUAUAACGUUAGUGCAAUAGAUAACACCAAUGUUGUAACAUUAGUUGUAAGAGUUGAUUUUUAAAAUAUUUAAUUAAUCGUGUUACAAGUAAGUUUGUUUUUUUUUCUAGAAAUAUUUUUCCAACAACCAGAAUAUUCCAAUAUUCUAUCCUAUAGCAUAUAGUUUUAAAAUAAUGUUUGAUUU